AUGGUGAAUGAAAAUCCCAACCUGGAGGAGCUCAAUGACCCCCCUGUGCUGGAGAAAGCUCUCCAGGCAGAACCCAGCGUCUCGGUCCAUCCCAUCGUCUCCAUCCAUCCCAGCGUCUCCAUCCACCCCAGUACCUCGGCCCACCCCAGCAGUUCGGUGCACCCCAGUACCUCGGCGCAACCGGGUGGCUUGAACCACCCCAGUAGCUCAUGUCAGGAACUCAGUGUGAUCAAGUUGAGCAAGCGCCGUUGGGCUGUGGUGCUCGUGUUCAGCUGCUACUCCAUGUGCAACGCCUUCCAGUGGAUCCAAUACAGCUCCAUCAAUAACAUAUUCAUGCACUUCUACGGGGUUAGUGCCUUUGCCAUCGACUGGCUGUCCAUGUGCUACAUGCUGACCUACAUCCCUCUGCUCCUGCCCGUGGCCUGGCUGCUGGAGAAAUUUGGUCUGCGCACCAUCGCCCUCACUGGCUCAGCUCUCAACUGCCUGGGAGCCUGGGUGAAGCUGGGCAGCCUGAAGCCGCACCUCUUCCCGGUCACUGUGCUAGGCCAGGUCAUCUGCUCCGUGGCCCAAGUCUUCAUCCUGGGCAUGCCCUCCCGCAUCGCUUCAGUCUGGUUCGGGGCUAAUGAGGUUUCAACAGCCUGCUCCGUGGCUGUGUUUGGCAAUCAGCUUGGAAUUGCGAUUGGGUUCUUGGUCCCUCCUAUUUUGGUACCCAACAUCAAAGACCAGGACCAGCUUGCCUACCACAUCAGCAUCAUGUUCUACAUCAUAGGAGGCGUGGCCACCCUCCUUUUCAUCCUUGUCAUCAUCGUGUUCAAAGAGAAGCCUAAACAUCCCCCCAGCAGGGCCCAGUCCCUGAGCUAUGCUUUAGCGUCCUCUGAUGCUUCGUACUUCAGUUCCAUUGUCCGGCUCUUCAAAAACCUCAACUUUGUGCUGCUCGUCAUCACCUAUGGUCUGAAUGCUGGUGCUUUCUAUGCCUUGUCCACGCUGCUGAAUCGCAUGGUGAUCCUGCACUACCCGGGAGAAGAAGUGAAUGCUGGAAGAAUCGGCCUGACCAUUGUCAUUGCAGGGAUGCUGGGGGCUGUGAUCUCAGGCAUUUGGCUGGAUAAGUCCAAAACCUACAAGGAGACAACCCUGGUGGUGUACAUCAUGACUCUGGUGGGCAUGGUGGUGUACACGUUCACCUUGAGCCUGGGACACCUGUGGGUAGUGUUCCUCACAGCUGGCACCCUGGGCUUCUUUAUGACCGGCUACCUCCCGCUGGGGUUCGAGUUCGCCGUGGAGCUCACGUAUCCAGAGUCGGAGGGCAUGUCAUCGGGCCUCCUCAACGUGUCUGCACAGGUAUUUGGGAUCAUCUUCACCAUCUCCCAGGGUCAGAUCAUUGACAGCUAUGGAACCAUGCCUGGGAACAUCUUCCUGUGUGUGUUCCUCUCUCUGGGAGCAGCCCUCACUGCAUUCAUUAGGGCAGACCUCCGGAGGCAGAAGGCAAACAGAGAAGUUCCUGAGACUAAAGUCCAGGAGGAGGAGAACAAUACCAGCAAGGCGCCCACCAUCCUGUCGGAGGAUCAUUUCUGAGAGAGAGAGAGAGGUGGCAGCCACUCAGGGAUCACGAACACCCCACCUCUUCCUUCAGCUCAGCUCUCACUGCCAGCACAAAUGUCUUCACUGGAGAAGCUUGUGGAGGGAAUCAGUUGGAAUAUUUGCGCCUUACAUGGCGGCACCUCUGCCUUCUGAGCCCACUCAAGAGCCCGAAUGCUUUAGUUGGGGGAAAGUGUACCUUUCACCAAAUGCACACUGGAUUCCCAUCCCCCCUCCUUUUAGGUCCUGGGUGCUGGUGCUGUGUGGGAGGGACUGAUGGAAGGUGUUGGACUCUGGCUUUCCCUCAUUGCCUUCAUCCCUCAUGGAGAAUGCUUGCAAAAUUAUCACAGAAGAAAGCUUAUUCAGGAUAUUAACUUUUUCUAGUGUCUUAAGACCCUCACAUGAAGCCCAGUUUUUACUAAGGAGGGGCAAGUUGCUCUGCCUGAGGGUCAUUCCUGGGUCUCAGAUGGACCACUCAAGUUCCCUGAGAGGGCAGCACCGUGUGGACAACCUUGGUCAGGGAAGCUCUGUUAGGACUCUUGGCCUCAGUUCUCCUGGCCUAGUGUUGGGAUUUAUCUCCAAACCCUCUUUCCUAAGACCUUAUCAGACCAAACCUCAAUAAACUGGACAGAAACUUUGUCACUUUGUCAUGGACACAAAAGAGAAAGUGAUUUGGGAGGGCUGAUUCCCUGGGUGUGACAGUGCUCGGGCUGCCCUCUGAGUGGGUUUGUGGGGACCCACCUGUGGCAACUCUAGAACUUUGAGUUGAGAUGGGAAAGAGGUUUUUCCUCCAAAAGAAGGGCUCAUGCAGGGACUUGUGGGUGUCACCGGCCACCCAGUUACCUUCAUCUGGAUAUCACACUCAGACAUUAGCCCAAGUGCCUGUUUUAUCCUGGGGGAGGGCAAUCAUGGCAGCUGAUUCUAACCUUUACUGAAAACUAAUCUUGAUCCUUCCACUCCAACAAAUCCAAGGCCGACUCUAAGAGAUGAGAGGGAAGAAGGAAAGGUGCUUCUCGAAGCUGGCAUCRAGCUGCUGGAAUGACCCAUUUCCCGCCUCGGAUGGGGAUAGGUUUGCAUACCAACCCCUCUCCCACCUCCUGUAAUAAUGUUUAUCAGUCUAAAUUUAAAUUCCCUUCAAGUCAAUUCAAGCUGACCUCUCUCCUGCCUGCCCUGCUGUCUGGCUCUCUCAUGGACUUCAGUGGUGUCUUCUGAAAAUAAGAGAAGUUUUGGUAAUUUCUCCUGUGCCUUUCACAGCUGUAACCAUGGCCACUGUGCUCUUUUGCUGUGGUCACUGCCCUGGACUCUGUAUGUCAGAGCAGCCGGGGCUGGCUGAAGUGCUGGGGUGCUUGGGCUACUGCCAGAGGGGAGCCAGAUGUGUGUGUUUGUGUGUGUGUGUGUGUGUGUGUGCGUACACAGAUUCAAGCUUUAGGAGAAACACACUGCCUAUGUAAUAAAAAGUUAACACUUUUGACAGAGGGAGGGUUGGGAUGAAAGGGAGAUGUGCCUUUUGACAGGAGG